CCACGCAAUAAAAUGGGUAUGGGCUGAUAAUGCAUUAUGAUCGACCCAUGUAGUUUCCCGGCCCAAUAGUUUUGUGAAUCCGGCGGCUUUCUGUAUACUCUCUCCGCCUGCCCGGCCGCCCAUAGCGGAACCGUGGAGAAGAAAGCGGCUGAGAAUCUCGCAGGUAACAGAGAUGUUGACGUCAUCGACGGUGGGCGCUUACGCCUUGUCCAGCUACACCUCCGGCGCCAAAGAGCCGCAUAUGGAAAACGGCAGCUCCGUCGCCGAUCGUCUUGCUCGUAUGAGAGUCAAUUACAUGAACGACGGAAUGAGGCCUUGCUGUGAAGGAAUUUCAUUGACAACUAGGCAAACUAGCUUUAGGAUUGAGCAUACAUCGCGUGCACGUCAUGAUUUCAAAUGCAGUUCAUAUGCCCAAAGGGAUCAUCCAUACUUUAGUGAUGAUAAUGAUGAUGGAGAGUUGAUGAAGUGGUUCAGGCCAUUUAAGACUCUAGUAUCAUUUCUUGCUGAACAGCCAAGCCAGCUCAAGUACAUAGAGUGGCCAAGCAUCCAAAGCACGCUGAAGACGGCUAGUCUGGCACUUGUUCUAGUCGCUCUGUUUAUCGUUGCAUUGUCAACCGUUGAUUCUGCUCUGUGUUUUAUAUUGGCUUUUCUUUCAAGAAGGGCAGCUUGACAAGUGCAUUUUCUUUCAACAUUUCAAACUUCAGAAGUACAUUUGUUUGAACUGUUUGUAGAUGUUGAGAAAUUUUAUAUUCUGAGUAAGUUGUUUCUUUUGUGAGUGUGUGAAAUUAACUGAUGAUUAGAUGGUGAAAUUCCCUCAAAAGUGUAGCCUGAGUAUUAGUUUCCCUACAAAGAAAUGAAAAGAACUGUUUGGA